GCAAGUGGCCUCUGGUGGUCAUGGCCGCCCUCAGGACUCAGGCGUCGCUCUGGAGGCUGCUGUCGGGCUCUCGGUGCGCACAGCGCGUGUGUAAUCGGGAGGAAGCCCAGCCCCAGUCGCAUGUGGUGCUGCAUGCGCCGCCCCAGCCGGUUGAGGCCGGGCAGCCUUGCCGCAGGCUCAGCUCCGAGGCCGACUCUGGUAGCUCAGAGGUCAAGAAACCCACAUUUAUGGAUGAGGAAGUCCAGAGUAUCCUUAUCAAGAUGACAGGCUUGAACUUGCAGAAGACCUUUAAGCCAGCUCUACAAGCACUGAAGCCACCAACCUAUAAGCUAAUGACCCAGGCACAGUUGGAAGAGGCUACCAGACGGGCAGCUGAGGCAGCUAAAGUACGGUUAAAAAUGCCACCAGUUCUGGAAGAACGAACACCCAUAAAUGAUGUAUUAGCUGAAGAUAAGAUUUUGGAAGGAACAGAGACAGUCAAAUAUGUGUUUACUGAUAUAUCAUAUAAUGUACCACAUCGGGAACGUUUUAUCGUUGUCAGAGAACCAAGUGGCACUCUACGCAAAGCCUCUUGGGAAGAACGGGACCGGGUGAUACAAAUUUAUUUCCCAAAAGAAGGUCGUCGAGUUUUGCCACCAGUAAUUUUCAAAGAAGAAAACCUUAGGACCAUGUACAGCCAAGACCGGCAUGCUGAUGUCCUCAAUCUCUGCAUUGCCCAGUUUGAGCCAGAUUCCACUGACUACAUCAAGGUUCAUCAUCAGACAUAUGAAGAUAUAGACAAACAUGGAAAGUAUGACCUUUUACGGUCAACAAGACACUUUGGAGGAAUGGCUUGGUAUUUUGUAAAUAAAAAGAAGAUUGAUGGUUUGCUCAUUGACCAGAUUCAGAGAGACUUGUCUUCGCAAAAACAGAAGCACAGAGAGGAGGGUAUAUAGAGCUGGCUCUGCAGACUUACCAAGAAGCAUUCACUAGCCAUUCAGCAGCUUCCCAAAACAUUAAUUAAAAACACAUUUCAUUUUGUAAAA